AUGGAGGCCGUUGCGAAUGUACUUAGCUUGGAUUUUGAUUUUUUCAAAGCCAUUUCCAAUGAUAGUGAAACUCUUAACGAGUAUAAGAGUGACUUAGCGCCUUCUCACAAAGCUUGCUAUGUUAGUCAUUACAAAGUUUGGGAAUUAAUAGCCCUCCAGAAGUAUGAGAGUGCUUUGAUCUUAGAAGACGAUGUAGACAUUGAAAUGAGCAUUUCAUCAAUUGUGUCUAAAGUUCAUCGUGACUUGCCUGGUAAUUGGGAAAUGGUAUAUCUUGGACAUUGUUCCGACGAAGGUGAUUAUUUCUUUAAAUUUCGCCGUAUGCUCAACCCUUCUUUAUAUAAACUGUUCAAAUCCAACAGCCCAUCUUGUACACAUGCCUAUGCUAUUUCAUCUUUGGGUGUCUCCAAGUUACUAAAAGAACUUGUCGAUCCAAAAGAUCCGAUUGAUGUGGAAUUGGUCUAUAGAAUUAAAGCGGGAAACAUCACCUCAUAUAGUCUUGAACCAUCAGCAAUUGUUCAAUGGAAAUCUUUUGAUAACCCAUCAGAUAUUUCUCCUGGCGCCAUGGAUGCACCACAGCUUUUGGAAAGUUCCACCAUGCAUUUUCUUGGUUUAACUUAA